GUCUUAUUGGCCGCAUGGCGCAGUCCACAGCUUUGAGAGGAUAAACAGCAGCUGUGCGCCGCCGAGCAACAAAAAGGAAACCCAAUGAAAAACACUUCCAUCGAACCGUUAACAGGAAAUAAUCCUCUAGCCGUACAUCCAACAGGUUAAUCUAAAAGACUAUAACGAUCUACACGGAGCAGCACCGCCGCCGUGAAGCUGCGUAAGCUCCCGGAGUGUGUGUUUUUUUCGGUUUUCCGCACAGACGCAGACGGCUCCCUCCUGCUCAGCAGCGGCCUCCAUUUUAGCUCCUUGCCCGAUCGGUGCCUCACGUGUCCUGGACUGUCUUCCUCACAUGACCCGUGUGUUUGUCCCCGUGAUCAGCGCUUCCAUCUCCGUAAAUCCGUGUCGUUGAAUAUCGGCGUUUUUACCCCCGCAAAAAGCUUCAUGGAUAUGCUGGAGCAGAGUCUGGACAGCUCGGGGAGUCACGACAAACAGGAAACUGAAGAGGUGGUGCAGCUACAGGAAGCAUCACAGAUUGGACACAUGUUCUCCUGUGUUUCAGGAGAGUCGGUGGGGACGGUGGAGCAGACUGCAGUGACCAUCACCGGUGUCCCGCAGGGCGCGUUCACUGACCACAAUGUGCAGUACCAGUUCCGCACAGAGAACAGCGGAGGACAGGUGACGUACCGCGUGGUUCAGGUGACAGACGAUCAUUUGGAAGCCACAGCUGAUGGGUCAGGAGCCGUCAGUGUGGUCUCUGCUGCAGCGUUUGCUGGAGCCCCCCAGGCAGUGGCACAGGCUGUUAUCCAGAACCCUUUCAGUAAUGGGGGCAGUCCUGGGGGGGAGACGGUGGGAGGAGAGACGCGUUUCGCUUAUUUCCCCGCCACCACCGUCAGCGAUGGAACCGCCGUGUCCGUGCAGGCCACCUCCGACCCUACGAUAGCUCAAGCGGGAGGCCAGUUUUACGUGAUGAUGAGCCCCCCUGAGGUACUACAGACGGCGGCCCCUCGUACCAUCGCUCCCCGCACACACACCUACACUGCAGACCUCGGUGAAAGCGAGAUGUUGCAGCAUGGCAGUUCAAACUGGAAGGUGGAGGGUCCCCGGGCGCCCAGAGAUGAGAGGCGAAGAGCACAACACAAUGAAGUGGAGAGAAGAAGAAGAGACAAGAUCAACAACUGGAUCGUCACGCUUUCAAAAAUCAUCCCCGACUGUAGCAUAGACAGCCGAACCGGAGCGGUGAGUUUAAAAAGUAAAGGAGGCAUCCUGUCCAAAGCUUGCGACUACAUCAGAGAGCUGCGUCAGAGUAACCAGCGACUGCAGGAGAGUUACAAAGAGGUGGAGCAGGUGGAGAUGGACAACGAGCUGCUUAGACAACAGAUUGAGGAGCUGAAGAAUGAUAAUGCACUGCUUCGAGCGCAGCUACAGCAGCACGGCGUAGAAGUCAAUGGAGAUGCGACACCUCAGUAACUGUGAACUGGACACUUGUAACCUCACAAACAAAAUGUCGCAUCCUCCCACCCACCUGAACAAUACCAGGAAAUAAAGUUCAACUAUAGACAAUUUCCAGCUGAAAUUGGACCACACAAACCAGCACACCAAGUGUUUGGAAAAAAAAAACACUGAAGGACUGCAAACGCCUCCUCCACCUUCAGCUGUUGAAGGCUGAACACUCUGAAAUCCGUUAACUGUGUAGCUCACCGAACCUCUCACCUCUGCUUCAAGGAACCUCUGCACAGCUCCAGCAUACUUUCUUUUUAUUUUACUUUAAAUUAUAAAAACUGCCAGAGAAAAUUGUACUUUUAAUUAUUCCACCUAUUUUAAUCAAACCAGUUCUCUACUUUUUCCCUUUUUUGUUGACAUUUGCUGUGUUUGAAACUACUAAAUGUGACAUGAAUGAUAGUUCCCAUUUGCUUUUAAUUUAUUAGUGUUUAAGGAAUGUGUACACAAAACAAAACAAAAAGUCAGCUGGUUCCAGAAGCUACUCAAAAACAACAAACACCUUUUUGGAUCAUGCUCAGCACUGUUACUUAUUAUAUCUCUACUGUCAGUGGAUCAUAUGUGUAUAUAAAUAGUUGAUCUGUGUGCAAUUUGAGAUAACUCUUUUCAAUUUCUGCCUCUUUACACUGACACUCCAAGCACUGGGCAGAGAUCACAAACUUUAUAAUCUUUAUCCGAUGUCAGGAAAUAAUAAAAAAAUAUAUAUAAUACUUUUCUGACAGUCAAUGUAAAAGCAACUUUGAGUCACGGAGUUUGUAUUUUUAGUGCUAGGCCUUAAUUGAAGCCUGCUGGAGAGUCUAGGUGUUAACAUAGCUCAGGUAAUUGGGAUGCCCUGGCAAGUGGUUCCCAGACUCAAUGAAGUGUUUAAAUAUAGAGUUUAGAUCUCUUGUGUGUCCCUAUUAGGUGCAAUGUACACAUAAUGAGAAUAAGGAGAUGAGGUGGGAGUCAUUUCUUAACGGGCAUUAAAAUAAUAGUUGGUUUUUAUAUCUUGCUUAAUAGGCUACUGGUGUAAUGCACUGAAAUAGAGGUUCACUCUCUGUUUGGACCACUAGUCCUGCUGCAUUUUAAUGGACACACCCAAGGUGGCUUUUGUUUUGCAAUCUUCCCCAAUUCUUUAAACUUUGGGAACCUUUUGCUGCUGACAGAAAGACCAGAAAACAUCCAUGGUCAGGAAUGUGGAGAGCAGUUUGGAUGUGAUUGGUGAUAUUGUAACUAAACAGCUUUUGUCUACUUAAAGUCACCACAGCAUGGAAAUAUAACCACUGGCAUGACUAAUUCUGAUACAAUAAAACAGAAGUGUUUAUA